AAUGACUGAGAAUAAUACUUAGCAUUGGAAGCAGAUAUUCCCAGGCUUGUGUUAAAUACGGCAAGAGAGUACUUCGAAAGGAGCAAGAGUAGAGGUCCGUUAUUCAAGCCGAGGUCGAGGUGAGGAGAAGGAAGGUCAAGCGUUUUCCAGUCCUGUUCAGUACACGUAAUUUUUCACUGACAAUAGAGCUCAGAUGGAGUCAAAUAAAGAAGAGGAUGAAAAGCAGGAUCCUCAGCCUAUUGAACUGCAGUAUUCUCCUGUGGAGGAACAGCAGCCAUCACCGACUGAGGAACCUAAAACUCCUCCUGCAGAACAGAACGAAUGGAAGUUUCUGCUUUUCUAUCUGUGUUUCUAUGGCUUUAUGACACAGUUACGACCUGGAGAAAGCUUCAUAACUCCGUUCCUGUUGAGCCCAGAGAGGAACUUCACGAAACAGCAGGUCACGAAUGAGAUUACACCAGUGCUAAGCUACUCCUAUAUGGCUGUACUUGUGCCAGUUUUCCUGUUGACAGAUUACUUGCGCUACAAACCAGUGCUGAUUCUGCAGAGUUUAAGCCACAUAUCUGUGUGGUUGCUUCUCAUUUUUGGUGCUGAUGUCAUUGCUAUGCAAUUCAUGGAGUUUUUUUAUGGUAUUACCAUGGCAGCUCGUGUUGCCUAUUCUUCGUAUAUUUUCUCACUGGUUACUCCUGCAAAGUACCAGCGGGCAGCAGGGUACUCCCGUUCCUCUAUUCUCAUGGGAGUCUUUACCAGCUCUGUCCUGGGGCAGCUUCUUUUGACAUUUGCAGGUGUCCCUUUCCAAACCCUGAAUUAUAUCUCUUUGGGGUUCAUGAUAUUUGGAUUGAUUCUCACUUUACUCCUGAAACGUCCCAAAAGAAGUCUCUUCUUUAAUAAAGACUUUUCCAAGCAUGUCAAUGGCGGUCAUCCCUCGGAGCUACAGAAGAUGACAUCUGAAACCAGGAAGGGAGGACUGUGCUCUGGAUGGAGGGAGUUUGUAAUUGUCCGCAUGCUAAGAGAAGUGAAGGAAACUUUCCGUCAUCCUCAACUAAGACUUUGGUCUCUCUGGUGGAUUUUUAAUUCAGCUGGGUACUAUUUGAUUUUGUACUAUGUGCAGAUUCUAUGGAAUGAGAUCUAUCCCACCAUAGACAACCGCAAAGUAUAUAAUGGAGCUGUUGAUGCAGUUUCUACCCUCCUCGGUGCCAUCACUUCCUUUUCUGCUGGUUAUUUGAAGAUUCGCUGGAGCCUUUGGUCAGAGUUGGUAAUUGGCCUGGUUACUGCUCUUCAGGCUGGGCUCCUUAUCCUUAUGAAUACUACCAGCAGUAUAUGGGUGUGCUAUGCAGCCUAUGUCCUCUUCAGGAGCUCAUACCAAUUCCUGGUUCCAAUUGCCAUAUUUCAAAUUGCAAGCUCCCUAUCUAAAGAGCUCUGUGCUCUUGUGUUUGGUGUUAACACUUUCUUCGCGACCAUUUUGAAAACUAUAAUCACGAUCAUAAUUGCUGACAAGAGAGGUCUGGCUCUUUCGAUACACCUACAGUUCUAUGUGUACUUCGUUUACUUUACACUCUUGGCUGUGGUUUAUCUUGGGGCUGCUGUCUGGGUCAUUGGCAAAUACAAGCACGAUGAGAAAAAAAAUAAACGUAAACCUCUGCCAGAAAAUAACACCAACGAGACUGCAAUGACAGACAAAGCCACCACUAGUGAUUCCUGCGCAUGAAAACUGCUUCUGACCUCAUAGAAUACUAUGAAUAGGAUUUUUAUAGCCUCCUCUUGUACAUCAGGCUGACCUAUGGCCAGGUAUCUGUCAUUAGGACAGAUCAAGAGAUCGUGACAUCGGCUGAAACGAGUACAUGAAUUCUGUGGGGCCGUUAUUCUUUGAGCAACACCACACAAGACAAAAUGUGAAAAUGAAGGAAGCGCCUUCUGUGAAUCAUUUCCAACAUGUGAUAUGAAUACUGAUCGAAAGACAACGUUAGAUUUGAGGCUUAAACUCAGGGAGAUUGAGUUGCCAAAAACAAGAUCACUACUGUAGAUACACAUAAAAUUUGAAGAAAUAGUCUAGCUCUAGAGACCUGAUUAUAGAAUACAGAGAAAAUGACUUCACCAUCUUAAGUUAAAGUGCCUACUCACUGCAUCAAUCCAUAACGACACUGGAAGACAGACGCACAGCUUGAAGACUGCAGCAUUAUUUGAAUUGUUGCUGUUCUAAAAGGGGUGUUACAUGCCACAUAAUUUUAUCCCUCAGGACCAAUAAUACCUGUGAGAUCAGGGAAAGACACAGAACUGGACAAUCAAAUUACCAAUACCAAAUAUUUUGCUGCUUAAAGGAACAAACUCAUAAAUCACUUCUGCUUGCUGAAGUGCUUUGUGUUAAUAGAAAUCAGUUCUUGAACCCUAAUAUUCUUCCCUG